AAGGAUUCUUUGUAUCCUUUUAGAACCUUUAAAGCACUAAAAAACAAACAAAAACAAGUGGUGAAUAUAUAUAAGACUUUGGUUCUUAUGAGAAAUAGUGUUUUUAGUUUUUUUGGUAUUAUUGUAUAUAAUAAAACAUAGUUUCUGUUUCCUGUCAAGAAGUUAUGACAACCCGAGGUGCACUAAUCAUAUUAGAAGGUUGUGAUAGAAGUGGAAAGAGCACACAAUGCAAGAAGUUAGUUGACUAUUUGCAGAACAAUGGACAACAAGCUGAACUGUGGAGAUUUCCAGAACGAUCGACUGCAAUUGGGCAAGUAAUCAACAGUUACAUUGCAAAAGAAACAGAACUGCACGAUCGAGCUGUACAUUUGUUAUUUUCGGCUAACAGAUGGGAAUUAGUACCUUUGAUAAAUGAAAAACUUAAAAGUGGUGUCACUCUCAUUGUAGAUAGAUAUGCGUACUCAGGUGUAGCAUUUACUGCUGCUAAGGGUUUAGAUGUGGAGUGGUGCAAAUCAUGUGACACAGGUUUACCACAACCAGACGCAGUAUUUUACAUGGACAUUAGUGUAGAUGAAGCAAGCAACAGGGGUGGUUUUGGUGGUGAGCGUUAUGAAGUGUCUGAUUUUCAAAAGAAAGUGCAGCAAUUAUUUUUAACCUUAAAAGAUGAUUCCUGGAGGGUAAUUGAUGCUAGACUGUCAGUGGAAAAGAUUCAUAUGAGUUUGCGUGAGAAGGUUUGGGAUAUCAUUGAGCAGUGUAAGCACAAGCCAUUGUUAAUGUCACUUUUUAAAAAAACAAUCAACAACGUCUGUAACUAAAAUAUUAGGCUUUUUUUAAUAUAUAAAAGGAAAAAUGCUAUUUAUGAUUAGAAAUACACAUAAUAAUAUUUAUUACAAAA